GUGCCAGCCCCACCCACGGCAUAAUUAGGGAGAGGAGAGAGAGAGGAGGGGGUGAGUCCGCAGCGGAGGGUGGGAAAUUUCCGGGCUCCUCGGGGGUUAAAAGGGAAGGUCGGGCCGGGGUCCGUGCAGAGGCUCCGAAGGCCACGCGCAGCCUCCUCCCUCCCUCCCACCGCCGGACUCUCCCAGCCUGCACCCAUGAGACCGCCGCGGCGCCACCUCCCCGCCGCCCUGGCGAAGCUGCUGCUGCCGCUGCUGAUGGCGCAACCGUGGGCCACAGAGGCGGGGCUGCUCCUCGCAAACGGCACCGCCCGGGACCUCGCGGCCUCCAGCGUCCCGUGCCCGCGCGGCUCGCAGCCCUGGCAGGUCUCACUCUUCAACGGCCUCUCGUUCCACUGUGCGGGCGUCCUGGUGGACAAGAGUUGGGUGCUCACGGCCGCUCACUGCGGGAACAGCAAGCCCCUGUGGGCGCGCGUCGGGGACGACCACCUGCUGCUUCUCCAGGGCGAGCAGCUGCGCCGGACCUCCCUAUCCGUUCCCCACCCCAAGUACCGCCAGGGCUCGGGCCCCAUCCUGCCCAGGCGGACAGACGAGCAUGAUCUCAUGCUGCUGAAGCUGGCCAGGCCCGCGGUGCUGGGACCCCGCGUGCAGACACUGCGCCUGCCCUACCGCUGCACCCAGCCGGGAGACUGGUGCCAGGUGGCCGGCUGGGGCACCUCGGCCACUCGAAGAGUGAACUAUAACAAGGGGCUGCACUGUGCCGGGGUUCGGGUCCUGAGCCCGCAGGACUGCAAUGUCUUCUACCCGGGCGUGCUCAGCAGCGGCAUGAUGUGUGCAGGGCUGGAGCAGGGUCAGGACCCCUGCCAGAGUGACUCGGGGGGCCCGCUGGUGUGUGAUGAGACCCUGCACGGCAUCCUCUCAUGGGGCUCGUACCCCUGCGGCUCCGUCCAGCACCCUGCUGUCUACACGCAGAUCUGCAAAUACGUGCCCUGGAUAGAGAAGAUCCUCCGUACCCACUGAGCUGCCCUGCCCCACUCCCCCACACCGGGACCCCCCCGGCACAGCAGAGAAGAGGGUGCCACGGCCGGCUUCCUGAGAGAAAUGACCGGUCACCCAGCCCGACUUCCCCUAUCCCCAUCCCACUCUCCAUAUCUGCUGUGUGACCUUGGGUCCGCUGAGCACCAUCUCUGGGCUUCUGUUUUCUCACCUGGAAAGUGGGGACAAUGAAGUGCCUACCUCAUUGGUGUGCUGUGAGGUGAUACUAUGACGUGUGUGUGUGUGUGUGUGUGUGUGUGUGUGUAUGUGCUGUCAUGCCAACUGUCACGGAAAUCACCCCUCA